CAACAUGGCCGACCUUAUAGAAUUUUUCUGACGGCAAAAUUCUCGACAUGUUUUAUCAAGUUUCUGACAGCUUUGUGGCUUAAUUAACUUUGACAUGUUGUCCUUUAUCUGAAGAAUGAUCUGAGUGCUGUUCACAGUUAAUUUGGCGAGCUGUUUAAUGUUUUUUAUUCGUUAAUUCUGCCGUUUAUUUUGACCCAUCUGCUGUUUGCCCGGUGUUUACGUCGAGUGUUUAGCAACGGGCUAUUCAGCUAGCUGUCGCCGGGUUUCACGGGGCGGCACGUCCGGCGGGCCGGGUGUGCGCAGUGCGGUGCAUGCUUGCACUGGCUGUACGUUAAUUAUUGUGUGACGGCACACACAGUUUAUAGUGAAUAUUCCAUACUUCACUCCCUAGCCUAGCAAUACGGUCAAGAUGGCCGAAGCUGUGAAAGUAAUUGUACGAUGUCGGCCGAUGAACGCGAGAGAGAAUGCGCUCAAGUGCGGCAUCGUAGUCAAGAUGGACGGGGGGCGGGGCUACUGCGCUAUACAGAAACCCAAAUCUAAAGACCCUCCAAAGUCCUUCACAUUUGACGGUGCAUACUUCACCGACUCAACGACAGAGACCAUCUACAAUGAUAUUGCUUAUCCUCUAGUGGACGGAGUACUUGAGGGCUACAAUGGAACCAUCUUUGCCUACGGCCAGACAGGAUGCGGAAAGUCCUUCAGUAUGCAGGGCAUCACAGACCCUGCCACACAGAGGGGGAUCAUCCCCAGGUCAUUUGAGCACAUCUUUGAGAACAUACAGGUGACAGAGGGGGUUAAGUUCCUCGUCCGAGCCUCGUACCUCGAGAUCUACAACGAGGAGAUAAGAGACCUACUGGGCAAGGAUCACCGGGUCAAACUAGAGCUGAAGGAACACCCUGACAGAGGGGUGUAUGUCAAAGAUCUAUCCAUGCACAUUGUCCACAACACCCGGGAGUGCGAACACAUCAUGGAGCUUGGCUGGAAGAACCGCUCCACAGGGUCGACAUUGAUGAACGCGGACUCGUCUCGUUCUCAUUCCAUCUUCACCAUCCACAUUGAGCGCUGUGAUCUGGAUGACACAGGGGAGGACCACCUGAGGGCCGGCAAACUCAAUCUUGUGGAUUUGGCCGGUAGUGAACGGCAAGCAAAGACAGGAGCGACGGGCGAUCGUCUGAAGGAAGCAACCAAGAUAAACUUAUCGCUGUCCGCUUUGGGCAACGUCAUCUCAGCCCUCGUUGACGGCAAAUCUAAACACAUCCCGUACAGAGACUCUAAACUGACCCGACUGUUGCAGGAUUCACUCGGUGGUAACACCAAGACGCUGAUGGUGGCGUGUCUCUCCCCGGCCGACAACAACUACGAUGAGACCCUCAGCACCCUCCGCUACGCCAACCGCGCUAAGAACAUCAAGAAUAAGCCCAAGAUCAACGAGGACCCGAAGGACGCCCUCUUGAGGCAGUACCAGGAGGAGAUUAACAACCUCAAGGCAAUGCUGAUGGGACAGAUGCCGAUACCCGCCGGGGGAUUCGAAGGAGCUCUCCAGAUCCCCAAGGCAGCCAUCACCGAUGGGUCCACCACCCCGCAGGACCCCUCUCCGUCCACCGGCUCUCUCUCCUCCGAAAUCGAGGCAGAGAGGGAACGCAUCCGGCAGGAGUACGAGGCCAAGAUCGCCGAGAUGUCGGCCAAGUACGAGGAGGAACAGUCCAACAAGAAUAAACUUCAGCAGGACAUUGAGGAUCUCAAGAAGUACUAUGGGUCGCGGCUGGCGGAGGUCCCUGAAGCGAUUAAACAGAUUGCUCAUGGCGGUGAACCGUCAACCGGUACCCCAGGUGAUGAAACCAGUGCCUUGAAGUCGGGCCUUGUCAAUGACCAAGGGAAACCCACCACCACGCAACCGUCUGUCUCGGCUGCUCGCAACGAACAGGGAGAACCAUUAGCCAGUUUAGAUGAAGCAGAGCCAAGUGAGAGAGAUGAGGGGCCUUCAGCUCCCAUGGCCUCCCCGACCCUGCCCCGUAAGGACAAGUCACAGGGAUUGGACCAAAAUGAAGCUCUCAAAAGACUGCAGCAGCUGGAGCACGAGAUGGUUGGCGGCGAGCGGGCCACCGACGAGAACCUGAAGGAGAAACGACGCAAGAAGCUGAAGCAUGCCGAGGUGCGCAAGCUGCAGCUGGCCAAGGCCAUCGCUAAGAUGGACGACGACGGCAUCAUGCUGAACAUCUACAGCAACAUUGAAGAGGAGCUCAAGGCCAAGAAUAAACUACUGGAUGCCGAGAAGGAGAAGGUCCGAGGAGCGGAGAUCGAGAUCACGGAUCUAAACAGCGAGUUUGAGUUUGAGCGGAUCGACUACCUGGACACCAUCCGCAAGCAGGAGAAGCAGGUGAAGAUGAUGCAGCAGAUAUUGGACAAAGUGCAGCCGUGUCUACGACGGGACUGCAACUAUUACAACCUGGACAAGGUCAAAGCGGAGAGCAGCUGGGACGAGGAGGAAGGGAGAUGGAAAAUCCCCGAGCUCAUUCUCUCACGAGAGAAACUCCCCCACGCCGGGGGUGUAAUGCCAGGGGGACGCGCCCCUAUGCCAGGACGGGGAGGCCACCACGCCGCCCCCCAGAGCAGGAGGGACCAUUCACCCAACGCUUACGUCAACGGGUACCCCAUGGGAGGGGCAGAGCUACCGGAGGAGGAUCGCUACCUACAAAAACUGAGUCGUUCCACGCAUGAUGCGGCUGUCGAUUACUUUAAACCCAAACGAGCCAAUCAGCUGCUUGGUAGCAGUAGCCACACCCACGAACCCAAUUACCACAUCCCUCCUGUCGAACACCAACCACUGAAGGGCCAAUCAGCAGCCUUGUCAUCACAAAAGGACAUCCACGGUCCCCCCGCCCCCUCGGACCUCCACCUAAGACGCCCCACCCGCCUUGAGGCCCUUCAACCCGGUGGGAAGACAAAGAAGGGCAAGAAAAAACACUUCAAUUCUCUGGAACCUAUAUGAAGGGGGUAGUUUCCACUUCAUUUGGUGCGAUAAUGCUCAUCUGUGAGCUGUGAGGGGAGAUCACCCCCUGUGUGGACAGUGGUAUAGUCCAAGCAAAUCUAGUUUGGUAGGUAGACUAGAUACACGUAGUUUACAAGUAGGUAUAUUCUGAUCUGGAAUAAUACUUGGACCCAUUUUGAAGGGGGUGUUCUACCACUGCUGACAAUGGUAUUGCACUUCUGUGAGGGGAGAUCACCCCUGUGUGGACAGUGGUAAAGUCCAGUCAAAUCUAUCUCGGGAGGUAGGUAGAAACAAAAGCAUAUUCCUAAUUAGACAAAUACUUGAUUCCAUUUUGAGGGGUGUUCUAGCACUGCUUAUUGUGAUAAUGCACCUCUGUGAGGGGACUUCACCCCCCUUUAAAUACAUGGUGUAGUCUAUUUGUGUAUGUGCGUGUAUAUCUGACCCCCACCGGAACAAUUGUAUGGUGUCCAAAAUGAGAAUAAAAACGUUCUUGUAUCACUGCGAGUUUAUCUGACCCCCACCGGAAUAAUGGCCUCUAAAAAAAAGAAAAAAUGCACUUUUACCAUCGUAAGUUUGAAAAACCGUUAGUAAAGAAUAUUCUUAUAAUGUUUCUUUCUUUCUGUCUUUCUUUAUUUUUUCUUGGGGGGGGGGAUUUAUUUUGUUCUAAAAAUUGUAGAACUUAA